AUGGAGAGUUUGAAUCAAACAUCUGCAAAUAGAUUCAUCCUUCUUGGGCUCACCAGCACCCCAUAUCUACAGGCAUUAUGUGUCCUUAUGUUUUUGAUUAUGUAUUUAGUCACAAUAGCUGGAAACUUGAUACUUAUCAUUGUGGUGGGGACCAGCGUUCAGCUGCAGACACCCAUGUACUUUUUCUUGUUCAACCUCUCCAUCAUAGAUAUCUGCUUCUCUUCCACCAUUGUGCCAAAACUCUUGAUCAAAACUGUUGCUCAAGACAAAAGUGUUUCUCUCUUAGGAUGUGCUCUACAGAUGUUCUUCCAUUUAGCUCUAGGAGCUGCUGAGUGUUUCAUUCUUUCUGUCAUGGCCUAUGAUAGGUAUGCAGCCAUUUGUAGACCAUUACACUAUUACAAAGUUAUGAAUAAAAAAGUUUGCAUCUGCUUAGCUUCUGGAUCAUGGGCCUUCUCCUUUAUCAAUUCCGUCAUGCAUGUGGUCUUUACUUUCCAGCUGCCUUUUUGCAGGUCAAACCACAUCAACCAUUUUUUCUGUGAGGUUCCUCCUUUUUUAUAUAUUUCUUGCAGGGAUACUUGGUUUAACGAGGUGGCCAUGUACAUCUCUGCUAGUUUAAUCGGCAUAGGCUCGUUUUCUUUGACUCUCACUUCAUAUGUUUAUAUAGUUUUCACCAUUAUUAAUAUGUGUUCCACUGAAGGAAGAAUGAAAGCAUUCUCCACUUGUGGGUCCCAUCUCACAGUGGUCUCUCUGUACUAUGGUGCUGUCCUGUUUAUGUAUUUACAUCCUCACUCAGACUAUUUUCCUGAAACAUCCAAGAUCAUGUCUCUUAUUUACACAGUUGUCACCCCAAUGCUAAAUCCUAUCAUCUAUAGCAUGAGGAACGAGGAGGUAAAAAGCAGCAUAAAGAAUAAACUGAUGGUUCAAAUGGGCAAAACAUUCUAA